GCUCGGGACCCUGCGGGAACGGAUUGCGCUCACACGGCCUGUGCGACGCCCAAGGACAGCUUGGAGGGAAGGUGCUGCUCUAACCGAGGAGUCGUGCAUCUUGGAGCCAAGCCUCUGGCCGGCCCCCAGCACCUGGCGUGUGCGUGCCGCGGGUGAGCCGGACGCCAGUGGGCUCUCUCCCCGCCUGUGCGAGAACGUCCUAGGAGCAAGGCCAAGUCGUCACAGGAGGCCGGCGAGCUGGAGGACCUUGCCAUUCCUUGAUCGCUCUUCUGGUGGGUACAUGCGAAGAUUUCUUGCCAGCUUAGUGUGGAAACCAUUGAUCACCUUGCCCUCGUUUCUGCCUGUUUUGUGUCAGCGCGAGAGAGUGCCCAAAUGAGCAAGAUAGCACAGCAGAGCAGUACUCCGGGGAUACGCGUUAUUCAUACUCAGGCUCAUGCCAGCGGCUUACAGCAGGUUCCUCAGCUGGUGCCUGCUGGCCCGGGGGGAGGAGGCAAAGCCGUGCCCCCAAGCAAGCAGAGCAAAAAGAGUUCGCCCAUGGAUCGCAACAGUGAUGAGUAUCGUCAGCGCAGAGAGAGGAACAACAUGGCUGUGAAAAAGAGCCGCUUGAAAAGCAAGCAGAAAGCACAGGAUACGCUGCAGAGAGUGAAUCAGCUCAAAGAAGAGAAUGAACGGUUGGAGGCAAAAAUUAAAUUGCUGACUAAGGAGUUAAGCGUACUGAAAGAUUUGUUUCUUGAGCAUGCACACAACCUUGCAGACAACGUGCAACCCACUAGCACUGAAAAUACAACAGCAACUUCUGAUAGUGUGGGACAGUAGACCUCACUCACCCCUUCCCGACUUCACGACUUGUGGCUUGAACGCUAAAGGUGUGACUACCUGCACCGCUCGCAUCAGUGGCCGAACAUUGUCUUGUUCAUCAUUCAGAGAUCCACUGAAGGUUGUUUUCUAGGAUCAGCACUGAAGAGUUGAUUAGCUAAAAAUGUUAGCCAUGUAAUUUGGAUAUCUAGUUUUAAAUGAUACGAUUUUUUUUGUGGGGAUAAAGCAAAUUUUUAAGGUAUAUGGUAAAAAGAAAACCAAAAAACCAAGAGCCCUAGACCUUGAUGUUCUUAAUAAACCCUCACUUCCCAAGAAAUGCUUCUUUUUUAGGUUGAUAAAAGGAAUGGGGAACUAGCAGGUCCUGCAGGAGGGUCUUGGUUUUAUUGGAGAUGAUUAAUUAGGCUAAGAAAAGUUGAAUGCCAUCUAUGUUAAUGUAUUUGUGAUUUUUUUUCUAAAUUAUGUAUUAAAAAUCCUUAGGGCUCUAGAAAUCAAUCACUUUGUAAUUUGGAGUGAUUUUAUGUAUGACGUGAACCUUGUUUUAGCCUAAUUUGUUUUCCCCCAACAAGUGUAGUUUUUGAGUAGCAGUGCCAGGUUAAGUAAAUUCCAUUGUGUUUUAAGGCAGUAUAUAUCCAGUUGGCUUAAAAAUACAAAUAAUUAGGAGGCAAAUAGGUUUCCUAAAAAUAAAGGUAAAGCAUAUUAGAAUUAUGCUUUCAGGAUACCUUUGGGUUAUUAGAUUCGCAUUAUUUUGUUUUAUAACAACAAAAAACCCCCAAGAGUUUAGAGAUAAACUUGUGUACCAAAAUUUUUGUUUCCAGUAAGUGAAUAUUUUUAAAAUACCAUUUUGACAGCUAAGUUAGUAGACAGAUGCCUUAACAGUUUAGUAAUUGGGAUUUAGGUAGUUUCUCCUGUGUCUAAAUAUCUGCAAUGGGGCCAUGAUUUUUAAAGGCAAAAAUUUCUUUGAAGGAUCAUUUGGCGUUUGAUCUUAACCAAGUGAUUAUUAGAACAAUAUAUCAUCGACUGUAUGCCGUCUCCCAAGAUAAUAGUCUAAGAAAACUUGAAAGCGUAAGGUCUAACCUUUAAUUUAUUUCAUUUAAAUACAUCUUUUUAUAUUGUUCUUGUGACGCUUCUUUUUCUAGUUAGUGGGCUCUUCUAGACUUUUUGUACCACUGCUUCUGUUUGUUCAUUUGUAUGCUUUUGUGUCCCAUAAAUUAUUUUAGAAAGAAAAUACUGAUAAAACUCAGGAUAAUGACAUUUUUGUUGAGACUAAAAAAAUGGCAAUCACAAGUCGGGGAUCGCUAGGGUCUGGUUCAUAGCAGUGUUGGUGGUUUUGAUUGUUCUUGUAGAUUUCUUUUUUUCUUUUUUUUUUUUAAAGCACAAUUCUAGCUCAGAUUUGUUGGCAUUUGUGUGUGUGUGUGUGUGUGUGUGUGUGUGUGGCUGGGCUGGUGACAAGAGGCUGAGUCCCAUCUGAGUAAAAAAGUGUGUGUUACCAGGUAUCUAAUUUGAACAUGGCCACUUAUUUUUUGACCAUAUGGUUUCAUACUAGGGCCUGGAACAGUGUAACCAGGAUGUAACCCGAGUUGCACGUUGGGCUGGUGCAAGAGUGCUGUCUGUACCCCUGGGGCAGGCGAAAAUACCACCGUGACCUGCAACUCAGCAAAGCCAUUAUUGCGGCCAUGAGCCUCUGCCGCAUGUGACUGGAACCCAGUGUUGUUCCGUGAGAGCUACUGUCCCAGGAGGGGUGACUCCCUGGAGUGCCAGGAGGCAGGAUGGAGGUUUCUGUUAGGGUCCAACACCAGUUUACUUCGGCUGGAGUAUCAGUCUACUUCUGGGUUGACAGAUAUUUUGACUAGGAGGUAACCCACAGAAUCCUACUGAAUCUUUAAUAGCUGAUUGAUGUUAUAUAAUUAACCUAAUUAGAGGUGCAGUUAGGUCCCCCGAAUUUUUAGGCUCCACAUUGUAGUCCCUUGUUCACUAAAAAAAUGUCUUUCAGAAAUUGUCCCUAUGGAAUUUAUGGUCACCAGUUAGGUGAACUGACUUAACUGUCUUGGAAAAGCAGCUUCAGGGAAAUCGUCAGGGGUGUGCACUUGAGAUUUCAAAUCAGAACAUUGAAUUGAAACUUCUGGAACAAAUGGUUCACGCUUUCCGGUUACCGUGCACAUCAGAACUUGAGCACAAGCGGUCACGUGUGCAUCGGACAGAAGGGUUAACCGUCGUCUUGAUUCUCACUGAAGUGUCUGGGAAUGAAAGUUUUCAGUUUGAUAGAUGUAGGAGUAUCACUGAGGGAAACCAGGUGUGGGGGAUGGGAAGUCUAGAGCUUUGGGAUUUAUAAAAUGGCUUUUGUAAGUCCUGUAGGUCACACAUAUGACCCAUUAGGCUUUGAUCUGCCUUUGCCGGCAGGUCCAGUGGUUUAGGAAUUAGGCUUUUAGGGUCAAUGUCUGGCUGCAUCUGAGUCCGCGAUGGAGGCGGGUGCUUUCCGGCUGGUGUUGGCAGCAGGUGGUGAGGUGGGAGCGGCUCCUCUGCUGUCUGGCCCCUUUCGGUGGCUGGAAUGGGAGCUCAGAGACUUUGGACAGUCUUACUAAGUAGUAGUAAGAUCCUAAUAAAAUAUGACCGGAUUUUUGAAAUUUAGGGCCACAAGUGUGACACUCUGCAGUUCACGAUGAAAAGUAGUAUGUGCAGUUUAAUAUUUGGUAUUAAAUCAGCCUCCGAGGUUUCUCAGUCCCCAUGACAGGGCCUGACACUUUGUACCUGAACAACCCAGUUAGCACUCAGCGUGCUUUUUUCGAUGCCUUAGAGAUAGGAAGCAACUUUUCUGUUUGACAAAAGCUCGGGAGGGGAAAGUCCAUUCUAUAGCUGUUAGACCUCCUCUCAGGAAAAAGUCCUCAACUUGUUCCUUUUUUUUUUUUUUGUUCCUGGCUUUCCUCGGUUUGUGAGAUUACUCUAUUUUUUUAAAUAUAAUUUUAUUUCUUUCAAUGAAUUUGAAAUAAAAAAAACUUUGGAAUAAUGAC